CCCCUCCAAAAUGCCCAAAUACAACAAUCACAGACUGUUCGAAGUAACAGACAUCCCCUCUCCAACAACAACCACGUGGACAGUCCCCACAACAGCCCUCACCACCAGCCCACACCUCCCACAAGUCCUCUCAACACCACACCUCAUCGAAGCAAUGCAAUCCACAACUCUGAACGUCCUAACCGCAAACUUCAAAAACGCACACUGCGAAGUCGCCGUCCCAGGCCGAAUCUCAAUCACCCAUUCGGCACCCGUCUGCGCGGGCGUGACGCUCACCCUCACGACGGAGUUUAGGGGACAAGAAGGAACGGCGGUCAAGUUCGCCGUGACGGCAGCUGAUGCAGUAGACUCUGCGAUUGUCGCGAGGGCUAUGUUUUGGGUUUCUGUCGUUUGUAGCGUGAACCUCGAAAGCGCUGCAUUCCUGCGACAGCGGCCAGAGGCGCGCGCAGCAUCGCUGGCGGGUACGGUCCCCAAUUGUCCCGGCGGGACAGGCCACGUUUCCACGCCGAGACCGGGUCCGCUAUUGUCCCCGCCGUCUGCAUCUUCAAAGUGGGAAUCUACCGCAUGCACCGCAGUACCAACGUUGCAGAGCGGACCACCACCUCCGUGCCAGCUGUGCCACCCGAUCCGGCGCGCAUGCUGGCGUGGGCCGGCGUUUGAACAUAAUCGGGUCUCGCGCGGGUUCUUGCACGCUGUGCAUCAUGGGCCCGAACAGCUCGUGGCAGCGUGGGUGGAAAGUGGAGUCGAGCUGGCGCCGUAUCUCGAUAGCGCGCUGUAUGCGGCCGUUAUCGCGUCUCGACCGGGAAUCCUUGACAUACUGGUCGAGAAAGCCGGCGGGGAUCCCAGGGCGUGGAAAUCGGACUAUCUAUCUGUGGGUGGGCUCCUGCAUCUCGCGGUGCAGAAUAGGAGUAGCCCCGCAGCCCAACAGGAUAUGGUCCGGGCUCUACUUCGCCACGGUGUCGAUCCGAAUAGUUACGACGACGAGUACUACUGGACACCCCUGCACCAUGCCGUGCGACUUGGCACGAUCGAGAUAGUCAAGAUUCUUCUUGACGCCGGGGCGGAUCCCGAUUUUUCGGAGGAUGAAGCGUGGACGAGUCUGCAUUUUGCUGUGCAGGAGGGCGAUGUCCCGAUCGUGAAGUUGCUCGUCGAGCGCGGGGCUGACCUCGAGGCUAGGAAUACGAUGCGCGAUACGCCGCUGAUGAUGGCUGUCAGGCUGGGGGGGAGGGAGGUCGCGAGGGCGCUUUUGGAGGGCGGUUGUAAACCUGAUCUAAGGGAGGCGCGGGGUUCUGUGAUGGAGUGGUUGGAGGGCGCGGAGGUUAGGGAUUUGAGUGGGCCGGUGAGGUGCUUGAGACCGUAGAUGGGUUCUGCAAAUUGUAUACUCGUUGAUCGCAAGAGUAGAUAGACGGAACCUGUGUCGGUCAUUUUAUCGCCGACUCGCCGACACUGGGGGCUUGCGAGGAAAAUAACAAGACCCGCAACCGCCGAAGAAGGCUUCUUGCGUUUAUUGCGGCUAUAUAAUGCUUAAGCAGCUGGUUUGUAUGUCCCUUGUGUCGAGGAGCAGCCGGACUUGCUCGUGGCCCGGAGAGGAGGAGGGGGGGUACCUUCAAGCUUCUUCUCUGAUGAGUGGUGCUCCUAUCUCUUGACUCUUGAUACCAGCUAUAUACUUGCGACCCAGUU